AUGGAGGCGAACGGGCGCGGCGGGGACAAUGACGCCGCGCGGGCGCCGCUCCUGGCGGGGCGGCGGCGGAACUCGGUGGGGUCGAUGCGCGGGGAGUUCGUGUCGCGGCUCCCCAAGAAGGUGCUCGACGCCGUCGACCCGGAGAGGCCCUCCCACGUCGACUUCUCCCGCUCCAAGGGCCUCCUGGAAGGAGAGAAAGAAUACUACGAGAAACAAUUUGCCACCUUGAGAUCCUUUGAGGAAGUUGACUCUAUAGAAGAAUCCAAUGUAAUAAGUGAAGAAGAGGAGCUCAUGGAGCAAAGGCAGAGUGAAUUUGCUAUGAAGAUAUCAAAUUAUGCAAAUGUUGUUCUCUUGGCAUUGAAGAUAUAUGCCACAGUUAAAAGUGGGUCAAUUGCUAUUGCUGCAUCAACACUUGAUUCAUUGCUCGACCUCAUGGCUGGUGGUAUCCUUUGGUUCACACAUCUCUCAAUGAAGAGCAUCAACGUCUACAAGUAUCCCAUUGGUAAAUUGAGGGUACAACCAGUAGGCAUUAUCAUCUUCGCAGCUGUUAUGGCUACUUUAGGAUUCCAAGUAUUUCUUCAAGCAGUUGAAAAGCUGGUAGUGAACGUGACUCCAGAUAAAUUGUCCCCACCACAACUCAUGUGGCUAUAUUCAAUCAUGAUCUUUGCAACAGUAGUUAAGCUAGCCCUGUGGUUCUACUGCCGGACCUCUGGUAACAACAUAGUCCGCGCCUAUGCUAAGGAUCAUUAUUUUGAUGUGGUCACGAAUGUCGUUGGUUUGGCUGCUGCUGUUCUCGGUGACAUGUUUUACUGGUGGAUUGACCCAGUUGGUGCAAUCGUCCUUGCAGUCUAUACAAUUACAAACUGGUCUGGAACAGUGUGGGAAAAUGCAGUAUCGCUAGUAGGUGAAUCAGCUCCCCCAGAAAUGCUGCAGAAGUUGACAUACCUAGCUAUCAGACAUGACCCUCAAAUUAAGCGUGUUGAUACAGUUCGGGCAUACACCUUUGGGGUGCUUUACUUUGUGGAGGUCGAUAUUGAGCUCCCGGAGGACUUGCCACUCAAGGAGGCGCAUGCCAUUGGAGAAUCACUCCAGAUAAAGAUCGAGGAACUUCCAGAAGUCGAGCGGGCAUUCGUUCACCUUGAUUUCGAGUGUGACCACAAGCCAGAGCACUCGAUCCUCAGCAAGCUUCCUAGCAGCCAGCCUUGA